CUUUCUAGAAUCGGCUUCUCCUGCCUCUUCCCCGGCUCCUGGCACUGCAGUCUGCCCUCAGUGACACAGUUCUCCCGCCAGCGGGUGCUCCUCCUGGUCAUCCUUCUUGUCCUACUUCUCCUUCUGGUAGCUGUGGUAGACCCCAGAAUCUGGAGCUCCAGAACUUACCAGGACAGGCAGUUCAGGAGGUACCUGGAUCAGAUCGAGGAUUUGGAAGCCACAGACACGGAAGACACCAAGCUGAACUAUGGCAUUGUGGUGGACUGUGGCAGCAGCGGCUCCCGCGUCUUUGUCUACUUUUGGCCGCCACACAAUGGGAAUCCACACGACCUGUUGGACAUCAAACAGAUGAGGGAUCGCGGCAGCAAUCCUGUGGUGAAGAAGAUUAAACCAGGGAUCUCUAGCAUCUCACAGACCCCGGAGAAGGCCAGCGAUUACAUCCACCCUCUUCUGAGUUAUGCCGCAUCCUACAUCCCAAAGACCAAGCAUAAGGAGACCCCCCUAUACGUUCUUUGUACAGCCGGCAUGAGAGUCCUGCCAGAGAGUCAGCAGGCAGCCAUCCUCCAGGAUCUGGUGAAGGACAUUUCUCAGGACUUUGGUUUUCUGUUCUCGGAGGCCCAUGCUGAGGUCAUCUCUGGAAAACAAGAAGGAGUUUAUGCGUGGAUCAGUAUAAAUUCUGUUCUCGGACGGUUUGAUCACGUCAUAGAUGAUGAAGACGCUGUGGUUGCCGUGACGAUAAGUACCCAGGAGGAAGCCAUCAUCCGUAAGAGAACGGUCGGCAUUAUAGACAUGGGUGGCGGCUCACUCCAGAUUGCCUAUGAGGUUCCAAAAAGCAUGACCUUCCCGUCUGCAGAGCACGAGGAGGCGGCCAAACAGAUGUUGGCUGAGUUCAACUUGGGUUGUGAUCUGCAGCAUACGGAACAUGUCUACCGUGUCUUCGUCACCACCUUCAUGGGCUUCGGAGGGAACUUUGCUCGGCAGCGCUAUGAAGACCUGGUGUUCAAUGAUACUAUGGCAAAAAACAGGGUUUCAAAAGAACAGACUGGUAUGAACUCCAACACUCCAUUUUUGGACCCAUGUUUGCCUGUUGGCCACAAAGAUCAGCUCCAGCGACAGAGCCUGGACUUCCAUGUUCUAGGUAAAGGGGAUUGGAAUGGCUGCCGGGAGCUCAUGGAACCGCUAUUGGCCAAAUCAAAUGAUUCUCAGGCCUAUCUGAAUGGAGUGUACCAGCCAGCGAUCGACUUCUCCAACAGCGAGUUCUACGGGUUUUCAGAGUUCUUUUACUGCACUGAGGACGUGCUGCGUAUGGGGGGAAUGUACGACAGUCACAAGUUCUCCAAAGCUGCCAAGGAUUACUGUAGAAUGCCGUGGACAACGUUGACGGAGCGCUUUAAAAACAAUCUGUACUCCGCCCAUGCUGACCUGCACCGCCUAAAGUAUCAAUGCUUUAAGUCGGCCUGGAUGCACAGAAUUCUCCAUGAUGGUUUUCAUUUUCCACAUGACUAUCCAAACCUCAGGACUGCCCAGCUGGUAUAUGACAAGGAGGUCCAGUGGACGCUCGGCGCCAUGCUUUACAAGACCCGCUUCCUGCCUCUCAGGGAUAUUCGUCUGGAGAACGCCCGCCCAGCGCACGUCAGUUGGUAUCGCUUCUCCUUCGUUUACAACCACUAUUUAUUCUUCGCCUGCAUUCUGGUGGUCCUGCUCUCCAUCGUUCUGUAUAUUCUACGCCUCAGACGCAUCCAUCACCGCCUGGCGAGGGCCUCUGCUCUGGAUUUACUGCUGCUGGAGGAAGGAGGAUCCCUGGGGGUGGACCUCGCCACUGCCAGAUGA